AUGUCCUCAGACUUUGAUUUAAUAGGCUGCGAUACUACGCUUGCGGGUACUCAAAUUGAGAGUACAGGCAAUCUUGGGCCAUUUCGCUACAACCGUGACUUAGUUAAUAACUCUCGUCCCCGACUUGAUGUUCUUUGUGGAAGUAUUUUAUCUUUGCAACUACCUAAGAUAUCUAUCAUUCGUUGUGGUGACUGGGAAAGAGAUGAUUUGACAAGUGAGAAAAUAAGCUAUGCAGCAUUAGAAGCUUGGGUCGCUUUGAAGAUUUUUGAAAAGGCUAACGAAGAACCAGCUGUAAACGAAAAGGUUACGAAAAAGUCACAAAAAGGUACUUUUGUUGUAGUUUAUAACCAAACAUCCGCAAGAGUGAUGCCUUCUGCCUAUGGAUUUAUUGAGGAUAAUAAAGGAUUCAUUGAAGCUCAUCUAAAAGAUACCAGGCUUGUAAAGGUGGAUGAUGUUCAAGUGCUUUCCAUGCUUCUUGAAAGUCAUCAAGAAAACGGCAAUCCUGAAGCAAGAACUUUAAGUGAUUUGGGUGAUGUUCCUUUUGUAUUAGGCAUCAGCAACCACUGUUUGAGAACGGCCUCAAAAAAACAAUACGACCUUAAAAAGCAGCAAGAUUUGUCAAAAGUAUCUCCUAUUCCCUCAGAGUCAGACACCAUCCAUCCGAAUACGUCUCUUGACUCAGGGAAUAUACAUGUACCAUCAAGAAUCCUGAAAGAUGCUUUUCAUGCAAUGCAAAUGAUACGUGUUUCCUUAAAACAUGGCACGGCCAAAGAGGUUUCUCGUCGCUUUAGAGAUGCUAUGUUUGUUGUUGAUCUUGGUGAUAAAAGAUUAGUGAGCCAAUAUCUUGGAUCAAUAGGAACUGAUUGGGAGAGCUAUAUGGUGAAAAAGCCGGACUUUGUUUUGGAGCGUUGCGUAUUGAGCGGGAAGCCUUUGUUCAAUGAAGACGCAUGGAGCGCUUCUAAGCAUGUUUUGGAGGAGAUAAGACUUGGUCACGUUUCAGACGUAUUAAAUGGUCCCGUAUUAUAUACAGAAAAGGCGUUCGACAAGAAUGGAUUGAUGAAGUAUAGGUGUAGCAGAGGUACUAGUUCUGUAGAAGGCUCUGUACAUAUGAACAUCAUAAGAAAAUUUGCAUCGUACAAUGAAGGUCCUCGUUUAGCUGAUAUGGUUCUUGCUGACUAUCGUCUUUAUCACAACACCGAUGUUGGCUCAAGAAAUCUCUACGGAAAAGUGCAUAAAGGUCAUUACAAUCCCUGGUUAUAUCAAUCAAUCAAUACUAUUAGAAUCAAGCUGGGUCAUACACCUAUUGACAGCUACUUUACAAAUAGACUCGGUAGUACUUUUGAAUAUGAGCAAACACAAGAGACGUAUGGUAUUACAGCAUUACCAAAUGAAGUAAUGCGAGAGUACAAUGUAUUACCGGCCAUCAACCAUUUAAGCAACCAAACGUUUUCAAAAGCGAAGUUGCUCGAACUCAGUCUCCUCCCUGUUGUGAAGCUUGACAUUAUUGGAUGCUCUGUCAAAGACUUUGUGUACAACUUUCUAGCAAUCUGCCAAAAGACAAAGUUAGCUGUCACUGCGGUACACACUGAUCAAGAGGUUAAGCUAUACGAAGAGUUCAUAAAAAACCCUGAAAAGCGAUGUUCCAUAAGCCUCACAUCUGGAAAAGCAACACCACAUUUUGUAUGCUUUGCUAAAUUAUGGUCAAGUUAUUGUAAGGAAGGAAGUAAUAUAUAUUACAAGACUUCUAGACAUCUUGAAUCAUACUACAAUGUAUUAGAUGAUCGACAAAAGUACUAUGAUACUGUAAUAUUAAAUAUCAAUACAGUACGUCUGGUCAGGUCUGCUUUGACCUCAGAAAGUACAUCCACUGUUUCUAUUCCAGCCCAUGUACAAAUUACAGCGGAUCAAGCUUUACAGAGGAUAAUUCAAAGUGAAACUGUGGCUUCAUUACCUCCUCCACCUCCCUCCAGAGAGCAACAUCAACCAAUGUCACUCAGAACACUGCUUCCAGUACCUGUUACUGAUCCAAGUAUUUCAUUUUCUUCAGGUAACUUACAGCAACGAGCACGUAGAACAUGUGCUUUUCAAAUUGCUCCUGACACAAUUGAAAAGAACAUUAUGAAUAAUCUCAACCCCAGCUCUGAUGUCGAAAAAACAGGAGGGAAAGGAAGUUUCCCGAGAUUUAAACAGAAACGUGGUCGUCCAUCAGGUGGAAAGACUGAAAAAAAGCCUGAAGUUGUUUACGGAAGACCGAGAAAGCAAAUCAAGAACCAAUCGUCAAUGUUGAAUUUCACAAUGCAGGCGAAAGCAUCUUCGAACACUAUUCACAAUGAGCAGGAAUACCAACAAACGAAUGUUGAAGAGAUCAUCGACAAUAAUGUUGACACAACAGUCGAUGAAUCUUUACCUGAAGAGAGUUUCAGUAAUUCUGUAGCAGUUGAGCUUGAAGAAAAUCAUUCCUCUUUAGUCGACCAGGAAGAGGUGGUUGCCACCGAAGUUUCAACUUCUGAAAAUAGCGUUGACGAUGAGAACGAAGACGAAGUUAAUAUUGAUGAAUUUCCCAACAUCGAUAUCCAAACUGCAGAUUUGUUGGAUAAAGAUAAGGGAAAUGAUAAUGAGUGGGGAACAGACGAUGAAGGCGAUACAGAAGAACUAAACGAAAACGAAUUUAUCACUGUUGACAAUGAUGCAGCUUCUAUCCUUGAAGAAAGCUACGUCAAUAAGUAUCUUGCUGAGUUACAGGAGAGAUUGAAGGGGAAAAGACCAGAAGAGUAUCAGAAUGGCACUUUUUGGGUUCACCGAAAGAAUCCAUACUUUAUGCUUGAUAGUAAUAACAAAGACCCGGGAUACCUCUAUACACCUAGAGUGUUUUUGUGGUUCCCUCAUCAUUUAGUAAGAGAUUUAAAGUGUCCGACUUGUGAAGCAAAAAUAGGUGUAAAGGGAUUCAAUAAGAAGCCUAUUGCUAGGAGGAUUAUCGAUUUAAAUGACUGUUUUUACCUGAUGACUACAAGAUACAAGUGUCGUAACAAGGGUGUUAAGCACACAUUUGAUGGGUGUAACCCAGCUUUGAUCCGACAACUUCCACUUCAUUUACAAGCUGAAUUUCCAGCUGUCCUUAGUCAUCGAUCUGGCCUUUCUAAAAUGCUUUGCAAACUGAUGAGACCACUCUUUCAACAUGGGAUUGGACCUCAUCGUAUGUCUAAAGUCCUUCGCGUGAUGCACACUGAGAAAUAUGACGAAUUGCAGCUUCAAUACUACACAACCCUCGAUCAUGAUGCCCAAAGUCCUUCCGUAUUAUCAAUGCUCCAGUCAAGACAAUAUCCUGAGUUUUCUCAAUUCAAAGACAAGAUGCAAUAUAAUGGUUAUGUUCCUUCUGCUAAUUACAUUAGCUAUGUAUACAGCUCCUUGAUAGCGAAGGUUCGUCCUUUCAUGGAUCAACUUAUGUCGUUUGUAGACGGCACUGUUUUAAAAGGGGAUCAUUCUUUCAAGAUCAUUGAUCACUUGGCGAAAAUCAAUGGGGUUUCAACGUUUUCUUGCCUCUACACUGUUUUAAAUGAACAUGAAGAGAUCCGUUUACAAGUCUUGGCACAAAGCAAAAAAAUGGACCAUCUAGCACCUCAAUUUCUCCAGAUGAUGGAUACUUACAAAAAGCUUAAUAUGAAAGAGCCUGAGCUUUUUUAUACAGAUAAUGUCAUUGGAGACCAAGGAUUCUUAAAACAGGUGAUGCCAUCCUUAACCAAAGACGUUGUACCUAUUCCCAAAUGUACAAAUGGACAACAGCAACAACAACAAAACCCUUUUCUUUCACUUCCUAUUAUUACCCUGCCAGAUACUUCAAAGAUCAGAGUUUUAAGAUCUGAAGUAGAGAUCAAUGAGGCUUGUAUCGAAAUAUUUGGAAAUACUGAUGAGUAUAGUAAUGAAAUUUUUGUUGGUUUUGAUUGUGAAUGGAUGAUGUCUACAAGUGGAGUAUCCUUAAUGCAGAUGUGCUACCAAAAUGAAAUUUUUUUGUUCCGUGUACAUGACUUUGAUACGAAUACGUUUCCUCGUGAGCUAUCUAAGGUUCUUAGCUGUUCCAAGAUUGUAAAAUUAGGGAGAAAUAUCAAGGCAGACUGUACAAGAGUGAAGCGUGUAUUUGGUGUUGUGGUAUCAAACCACGUAGAUCUUGGGCCAUUUUGCUACAACCGCGACUUAGUUAAUAACUCUCGUCCCCGACUUGAUGUUCUUUGUGGAAGCAUUUUAUCUUUGCAACUACCUAAGAUAUCUAUCAUUCGUUGUGGUGACUGGGAAAGAGAUGAUUUGACAAGUGAGCAAAUAAGCUAUGCAGCAUUAGAUGCUUGGGUCGCUUUAAAGAUUUAUGAAAAGGCUAACGAAGAACCAGCUGUAAACGAAAAGGUUACGAAAAAGUCACAAAAAGGUACUUUUGUUGCAGUUUAUAACCAAACAUCCGCAAGAGUGAUGCCUUCUGCCUAUGGAUUCAUUGAGGAUAAUGAAGGAUCCAUUGAAGCUCAUCUAAAAGAUACCAGGCUUGUAAAGGUCGAUGAUGUUCAAGUGCUUUCCAUGCUUCUUGAAAGUCAUCAAGAAAACGGCAAUCCUGAAGCAAGAACUUUAAGUGAUUUGGGUGAUCCUCCUUUUGUAUUAAGAAUCAGCAACCACUGUUUGAGAACGGCCUCAAAAAAACAAUACGACCUUAAGAAGCAGCAAGAUUUGUCAAAAGUAUCUCCUAUUCCAUCAGAGUCAGACACCAUCCAUCCGAAUACGUCUCUUGACUCAGGGAAUGUACAUGUACCAUCAAGAAUCCUGAAAGAUGCUUUUCAUGUAAUGCAAAUGAUACGUGUUUCCUUAAAACAUGGCAUGGCCAAAGAGUUUUCUCGUCGCUUUAGAGAUGCUAUGUUUGUUGUUGAUCUUGGUGAUAAAAGAUUAGUGAGCCAAUAUCUUGAAUCAAUAGGAACUGAUUGGGAGAGCUAUAUGGUGAAAAACCCGGACUUUGUUUUGGAGCGUGUACGAAGAUAUAUACCACCACCCGAAGAGUUGUAUAAAUCUGUCUCAAUGCUUUUCGUGCAUUACGGUCCUGCAAAGUGCGUAUUGAGCGGGAAGCCUUUGUUCAAUGAAGACGCAUGGAGCGCUUCUAAGCAUGUUUUGGAGGAGAUAAGACUUGGUCACGUUUCAGACGUAUUAAAUGGUCCCGUAUUAUAUACAGAAAAGGGGUUCGACAAGAAUGGAUUGAUGAAGUAUAGGUGUAGCAGAGGUACUAGUUCUGUAGAAGGCUCUGUACAUAUGAACAUCAUAAGAAAAUUUGCAUCGUACAAUGCAGGUCCUCGUUUAGCUGAUAUGGUUCUUGCUGACUAUCGUCUUUAUCACAACACCGAUGUUGGCUCAAGAAAUCGCUACGGAAAAGUGCAUAAAGGUCAUUACAGUCCCUGGUUAUAUCAAUCAAUCAAUACUAUUAGAAUCAAGCUGGGUCAUACACCUAUUGACAGCUACUUUACGAAUAGACUCGGUAGUACUUUUGAAUAUGAGCAAACACAAGAGACGUAUGGUAUUACAGCAUUACCAAAUGAAGUAAUGCGAGAGUACAAUAUAUUACCAGCCAUCAACCAUUUAAGCAACCAAACGUUUUCAAAAGCCAAGUUGCUCGAACUCAGUCUCCUCCCUGUUGUGAAGCUUGACAUUAUUGGAUGCUCUGUCAAAGACUUUGUGUACAACUUUCUAGCAAUCUGCCAAAAGACAAAGUUAGCUGUCACUGCGGUACACACUGAUCAAGAGGUUAAGCUAUACGAAGAGUUUAUGAAAAACCCUGAAAAGCGACGUUCCAUAAGCCUCACAUCUGGAAAAGCAACACCAAAUUUUGUAUGCUUUGCUAAAUUAUGGUCAAGUUAUUGUAAGGAAGGAAGUAAUAUAUACUACAAGACGUCUAGACAUCUUGAAUCGUACUACAACGUAUUAGAUGAUCGACAAAAGUACUAUGAUACUGUAAUAUUGAAUAUCGAUACAGUACGUCUGGUAAGGUCUGCUUUGACCUCAGAAAGUAGAUCCACUGUUUCUAUUCCAGCCCAUGUACAAAUUACAGCGGAUCAAGCUAUACAGAGGAUGAUUCAAAGUGAAACUGUGGCUUCGUUACCUCCGCCACCUCCCUCCAGAGAGCAACAUCAACCAAUGCCACUCAGAGCACUGCUUCCAGUACCUGUUAUUGAUCCAAGUAUUUCAUUUUCUUCAGGUAACUUACAGCAACGAGCACGUAGAACAUGUGCAGUUUGUAAAAUUUCUGGCUGCAAAGGCGCAAAUAUGUAUAGCCGUUGCUCAAACAAGUGUGGCGCUUGUAAAUUUCAUAGCGUCAAUGGAAGAUACGAAGGGCCUACCUGCCAAAAUCCCUCUUUUACAUAA